AUGAAGGCCUCGAUCGGCAGCAGCAGCAGCAGCAGCAGCAGCAGCAGCAUCCCCGCGAUGAAGGCCUCGAUCGGCAGCAGCAGCAGCAGCAGCAGCAGCAGCAGCAUCCCCGCGAUGAAGGCCUCGAUCGGCAGCAGCAGCAGCAGCAGCAGCAGCAGCAUCCCCGCGAUGAAGGCCUCGAUCGGCAGCAGCAGCAGCAGCAGCAGCAGCAGCAGCAAGAGCAGCUGGGGCUCUUACUGCAGCAAGAGCUGCUUCAUCUCUGCUGCUGCUGCUGCUGCUGCUGCACGUCGCAUCUGCUGCAGGUUCCAUCUGCUGCUGCUGCUGGCUCUGUGUCUUCUGGUGUGCAUCAGCAACGAUUUGCUGCUGCUGCCACCAGCAGCAGCAGCAGCAACAACAGCAGCAGCAGCAGCAGCAGCAGCAGCAGACUCGCCUCUGUCUCUUCGGGUGUAUGGGCACCUAUCUAAAGGGGCCCCCGCAGCCUUAUCUUAUAGCCGCCCGCUGCUGCUGCGCUUUGCUGCUGCUGCUGCUGCUUCUCCUAGCAGCAACAGCAGCAGCAGCAGCAGCAACAGCAGCAGCAGCAGCAGCAGCAGCAGCAGCGGCAGCUUCCCUUGUUUGCGCCGUUCCCUCCUGUGUCCUCUUUCCUUCCUUUCGGCGCCAGCAGCAGCAGCAGCAGCAACAGCAGCAGCAGCAGCAACAGCAACAGCAGCAGCAACAGCAGCACAGCCUUCAUCCCCACGAUACAAUGUGCGCGGCCAGCUGCAGCAGAAGCAGCCUUUGCUGCUGCUGCAGCAGCAGCAGCGACUGCAUGCAGCAGGACCUCUUGCAGCUGCUGCUCUUCCAGCAGCAGCAGCAGCAGCAGCAGGAGCAGCAAGAGCAGCAGCAGCUAAAGUGGGGAGCCGCAUAAUAUCUUGGCUUGGCCGCAGCAUCAGCAGCAGCAGCAGCAGCAGCAGCAGCAGCAUCUGCAGCAGCAGCAGCAUCUGCAGCAAGAUAAGCAGCAGCAUCAUCAGCAGUCUCAUCAGCAGCAAACUGAUCAGCAGCAGCAGCAGCAGCAGCAGCAGCAGCAGCAGCAAGAGUAGAAUAGAUGUAUUACUGUUACGUGUAUGUGGUGCAGCAGCAGCAGCAGCAGAAGAUGCAGCAGCAGCAGAAACGCCGGAGACGUCCUAUACAGGCAACGACACCACCACCAGCAGCAGCAGCAACAGCAGCAGCAGCAGCAAGAGCAGCAGCAGGCGUGUCUUAUCUGCUGCACUGCAGCAGCAGCAGCAGCAGCAGCAGCAGCAGAGAAUGGGUUUGCUGCAGCAGUUACGUGCUCGCUUGUCUUCUCUUUUUUCUGCAUGCACACAGCAGCAGCAGCAGCAGCAGCAGCAGCAGCAGCAGCAGCAGCAGCAGCAGCAGCAGCAGGAGCAGCAGCAGCAGCAGCAGCAGGAGAGGGAGUUGCUGCUGCUGCCUCCUGCUGCUCUUGUAUCCCCAAAAAAAACGGUUCUAGGUCUUGCUGCUGGUGCUGCUGCUGCUACUGCUGCUGCUUCUCUUCUCACACUCGCCAUCACUGCUGCUGCUGCACGCACUGCAGCACAACAUAUACUACAACCAACACAGGGGAUCGUCUCCUCACCCCACACCGGGAUCGUCUCCUCACCCCACACCGGGAUCGUCUCCCCCCCACACCCUGGGGCUGGGAUCGUCUCCCCACACACGGGGAUCGUCUCCCCACACACCGGGAUCGUCUCCUCAGGGCCUGGGAUCGUCUCCGCCCCACACCCUGGGAUCGUCUCCUCAGGGCCUGGGAUCGUCUCCCCACAGCCUGGGGCUGGGAUCGUCCCCUCAGGGGCUGGGAUCGUCUCCUCCCCCCCACACCCUGGGAUCGUCUCCCCCCACACCGGGCCUGGGAUCGUCUCCCCACAGCCUGGGGCUGGGAUCGUCUCCCCCCACACCGGGCCUGGGAUCGUCUCCCCCCACACCGGGCCUGGGAUCGUCUCCCCACAACAUAAAGGGGCUGGGAUCGUCUCCUCCCCCCCACACCUUGGGAUCGUCUCCUCCCCCCAUGCUGGGGCUGGGAUCGUCUCCCCCCCACACACGGGGAUCGUCUCCCCGCAGCCUGGGGCUGGGAUCGUCUCCUCCCCACACCCUGGGAUCGUCUCCUCAGGGGCUGGGAUCGUCUCCUCCCUGUGUCCCCCCGGCACCCCACAAGUGUCUCCUUUGGGGCGUUUUGGGCGUUUUCUUGCGCAGAAUUUAAUUGAGUCUUUCUUGCCGCAGCAGCAAACACCAGCAGCAGCAGCAGCAGCAGCAGCAGCAGCAACACCAGCAGCACCAGCAGCAGCAGCAACAGCAGCAGCAGGAGCAGCAGCAGCAGAAAAAACAAUAAACCCUAAACAACAAACAAGAAUAAAGCCAAUAAACCCCCACCACAACGAAGAAGAAGAAAGACAAGCAGCAACAGCAGCAACAGCAGCAGCAGCAGCAACAGCAGCAGCAGCAGGAGCAUCAACAGAAAGGAAAAAAAAAAGAGAUAGAUUAUAUUCUUGGUGUAUAGUAUAUAUAUUCGGGUGUAUAAUAGGUUUAUAUAUAUCAGCAGCAGCAACAACAGGUGACCUCAUCGCCAGUUUAAUAAAGAGAAAUGCAGGCGUCAAGGAUACUGGGCGUUUCCUCCCGGGGCAUGGGGGAUGGAUAGACAGAACAGACGCACAUAUACUUGUGGGGCCCCCAAUGCAUGCAUGCGCUCUGCUGCUUUAUAAAUUCUUACAACUCAUACAAUACACUGCAACACGCAUGCGCCAGCAGCAGCAGCUGCAGCAGCAGCAGCAGCAGCAGUUGCAGCAGCAGCAACUGCAGCAGCAGAUGGAACUGCAGCAGCAGCAGCAGCAGCAGCAGCAGCAGCAACAGAUGAAGCAGGAGCUGCAGCUAGAACAGCAGCAGGGGGAGGAAGAACAACAACAACAGCAGCAGCAGCAGCAGCAACAGCAGCAGCAGCAGCAGCAACAGCAGCUCAGAAAACGACGCGCCAGUGGCUCACGCAAGAGAGAUCCUGCUGCAGCUGCUGCUGCUGCUCCUGCUCCUGCUGCUGCUGCUGCUGCAGCACGACGCCGCAAAGGCACCUAA